GUUCGAUUGCGUGGAACUUCUUUUUCUAACCGUGGAAGGAUAGAAGUAUUUUACAAUAACACAUGGGGUACAGUAUGUGACGAUGAAUGGGAUAUACAUGAUGCUAUGGUAGCGUGUCGACAGUUAGGAUUUGAAACUGCUAGGCGAGCUUUAUGUUGUGCAGCAUAUGGCGAAGGUAGCGGAACUAUAUGGCUAGAUAACGUUCGCUGCAAUGGCAAUGAAACCGAUCUAUUUGACUGUCAACAUCAAGAUUUUGGAUAUAGUGAUUGCCAUCAUAGCCACGAUGCCUCAGUUAUUUGUGGAGGUAGGAAUAAAGCAUGCGAUUAA